UUUAUUUGGCUGCAGCAUUCAGCAUCAGUGAGCUGAUCAGACCUGCAGACCCUGGCUGCCCAGGGUGAGCUGACUCUCCUGCAGCAAUGCCAUGUUUGCAUUACUUGAGGGCUGAUGCUGCGACCAGUUUUCUGAGAGCUGCAAGAUCUGGGAAUCUGGACAAAGCCUUGGAUCAUCUCAGGAAUGGGGUAGAUAUUAACACCUGUAAUCAGAAUGGGCUGAACGCCUUGCACCUGGCGUCCAAGGAAGGCCACGCGAAAAUGGUGGUGGAGCUUCUGCACAAGGAGAUUGUUUUGGAGACCACGACCAAGAAGGGAAACACAGCCCUGCACAUCGCUGCCCUCGCUGGACAGCAGGACGUCGUCCGGGAACUGGUGAACUAUGGGGCCAAUGUCAAUGCUCAGUCUCAGAAGGGAUUCACACCACUCUACAUGGCAGCACAGGAAAACCACCUGGAAGUUGUCAAGUUCCUGCUGGAAAAUGGAGCCAACCAGAACGUAGCCACAGAGGAUGGCUUCACACCGCUAGCUGUGGCUCUGCAGCAGGGUCAUGAGAAUGUGGUUGCUCACCUUAUCAACUAUGGGACAAAGGGUAAGGUCCGCCUGCCCGCCCUGCACAUCGCAGCUCGCAACGAUGACACCCGCACAGCCGCCGUGCUGCUGCAGAAUGACCCCAAUGCUGACGUCCUCUCCAAGACUGGAUUUACGCCCUUGCACAUUGCAGCCCACUAUGAGAAUCUCAGUGUGGCCCAACUCUUGCUGAAUCGUGGAGCCAGUGUCAACUUCACACCCCAGAAUGGGAUCACUCCUUUGCACAUAGCCUCCCGACGAGGCAACAUCAUCAUGGUGCGGCUGCUGCUGGACCGUGGGGCCCAGAUAGAGACAAGGACCAAGGAUGAGUUGACGCCUCUCCACUGUGCAGCUCGCAAUGGACAUGUGCGAAUUGCAGAGAUCCUACUGGACCAUGGUGCUCCCAUUCAAGCCAAAACAAAGAACGGUCUGUCACCGAUCCACAUGGCAGCACAGGGUGAUCACCUGGACUGUGUGCGCCUACUCCUGCAGUACAGUGCUGAGAUAGACGACAUCACCCUGGACCACCUGACACCACUGCAUGUAGCCGCGCACUGUGGCCACCACCGUGUGGCUAAACUGCUGGUGGAGAAGGGAGCCAAGCCCAACUCCAGAGCCCUGAAUGGCUUCACGCCUCUCCACAUCGCCUGCAAGAAGAACCACAUUCGGGUGAUGGAAUUGCUUCUGAAGACAGGAGCCUCCAUUGAUGCUGUCACGGAGUCUGGCUUGACCCCCUUGCAUGUGGCUGCCUUCAUGGGGCAUUUGCCCAUCGUCAAAACCCUGCUGCAGCGUGGAGCAUCUCCUAAUGUGUCCAAUGUGAAAGUGGAGACUCCCCUGCACAUGGCAGCCAGAGCUGGGCACAUGGAUGUGGCCAAGUAUCUGCUGCAGAACAAAGCCAAAGUCAACGCCAAGGCCAAGGAUGACCAGACUCCUCUGCACUGUGCUACACGCAUUGGCCACACCAGUAUGGUCCGACUUCUGCUGGAGAACAGUGCCAACCCCAACCUGGCCACCACAGCAGGGCACACGCCUCUGCACAUCACUGCCAGAGAGGGGCAUGUAGACACAGCCUUGGCCCUGCUAGAAAAGGGAGCCUCUCAGACUUGUAUGACCAAGAAAGGAUUUACCCCUCUCCACGUUGCAGCCAAGUAUGGGAAGGUGGAUGUGGCAGAGCUGCUGCUGGUGCAUGAUGCUCACCCCAAUGCAGCGGGGAAGAACGGCCUGACCCCAUUGCACGUAGCUGUGUACCACAACAACCUGGAGAUCGUCAAGCUCCUGCUUCCCAAGGGAAGCUCUCCACACAGCUCAGCCUGGAACGGAUACACCCCUCUGCACAUUGCUGCCAAGCAGAAUCAGAUGGAGGUGGCCAGCAGCUUGCUGCAGUAUGGUGCUUCUGCAAAUGCAGAGUCUGUUCAGGGAGUCACCCCUCUGCACCUGGCUUCUCAGGAGGGGCAUACAGACAUGGUAGCACUGCUUUUCUCCAAGCAAGCCAAUGGAAACUUAGGCAACAAGAGUGGCCUGACUCCUCUCCAUCUUGUGGCCCAAGAGGGGCAUGUACCAGUUGCUGACGUUCUGGUGAAACACGGAGUCACAGUGGACGCAACAACAAGGAUGGGCUACACCCCGCUGCACGUAGCCAGCCACUAUGGGAACAUCAAAUUGGUGAAGUUUCUGCUGCAGCACCAGGCUGAUGUCAAUGCUAAAACUAAGCUUGGCUACACGCCCCUGCACCAGGCAGCGCAGCAGGGCCACACGGACGUGGUGACCCUGCUGCUGAAGCACGGUGCCUCUCCCAACGAGAUCAGCACGAAUGGCACCACUCCGCUGGCCAUCGCGAAGCGCCUCGGUUACAUUUCCGUCACAGAUGUGCUCAAGAUUGUCACAGAAGAGACCAGCAUCCCACCAGUCAGUGACAAGUACCGCAUGAGCUUCCCAGAGACUGUGGAUGAGAUUUUGGAUGUGUCAGAGGAUGAAGGCACUGCUCAUGUCACAGUAAUGGAGGAGGAGCUGAUCGCACCGAAACCCAGAACACCUGAACCCAGGGAGCAGGAGGUCAAGAGGGAGAUGCUGGAGUUUGUGACCGUGACAACACUGGAGCAAACGGAGGAGUCUGUAGCUGUCCCACAGGUCCCCUGCGUGCCCCCUGAGACUGUGGUGACCAGGGCAGAGGAGCCUGAGCAGGUGGGAUCUGUGGAGACUGAAGCUGAGCAAGGCAGCCUGCUGCACGCACCCUCGGUGUCCCCACAGGAGCCCUCCAAGGAGUUCGAUGAGGACUCCUUGAUUCCCAGCAGCCCGGCCACCGAGACCUCAGACAACAUCAGCCCCGUGGCCAGCCCCGUUCACACAGGGUUCCUGGUGAGCUUCAUGGUGGAUGCACGCGGCGGCUCCAUGCGGGGCAGCCGGCACCACGGGCUGCGUGUGGUCAUCCCACCCCGUGCCUGUGCUGCACCCACCCGCAUCACUUGCCGCCUGGUGAAGCCUCAGAAGCUGCCUGCACCCCCACCAUUGGCUGAGGAGGAGGGCCUGGCGAGCCGCAUCAUUGCACUGGGACCCGCUGGCGCCCAGUUCCUCAGCCCCGUCAUCGUGGAGAUUCCUCACUUUGCCUCCUACGGACGAGGGGACCGUGAGCUGGUGGUGUUACGCAGUGAGAAUGGCUCUGUCUGGAAGGAACACCGCAACCGUUAUGAGGAGAGUUACAUGGACCAACUGCUCAAUGGCAUGGAUGAGGAGCUGGAGAGCCAAGAGGAGCUGGAGAAGAAGAGGGUCUGCCGCAUCAUCACCACUGACUUUCCUCUCUACUUCGUGGUCAUGUCCCGGAUUUGCCAGGACUGUGACAUGAUUGGCCCCGAGGGAGGGUGCUUGAAAAGCACACUGGUGCCCAUGGUGCAGGCCACCUUCCCAGACACCGCUGUCACCAAGAAAGUGAGGCUGGCUCUGCAGGCGCAGCCCGUGCCUGAUGAGCUGGUGACCAAGCUGCUGGGGAACCAGGCAACCUUCAGCCCCAUCGUCACAGUGGAGCCUCGCCGGAGGAAGUUCCACCGCCCCAUUGGCCUCCGCAUCCCUCUGCCCCCAUCCUGGAAGGAUAAUCCCAGAGACAGUGGCGAGGGUGACACCACCAGCCUGCGCCUGCUCUGCUCUGUGAUAGGAGGGACAGCACAAGCUCAGUGGGAAGACAUCACAGGCACCACGAAGCUGGUCUAUGAAAAGGAGUGCGCUAACUUUACCACCAAUGUGUCUGCCAGGUUCUGGCUGGCUGACUGCCCGCGCACUGCUGAGGCUGUGCACUUUGCCACCAUGCUGUACAAGGAACUGACAGCUGUGCCCUACAUGGCCAAAUUUGUGGUAUUUGCCAAGAUGAAUGAUGGACGGGAAGGCCGGCUGCGCUGCUACUGCAUGACUGAUGACAAGGUGGACAAGACUUUGGAGCAGCACGAGAACUUCACUGAGGUGGCCCGCAGCAGGGACAUUGAGGUGGUGGAGGGAAUGCCUCUGCAUGUCGAGCUCUCAGGGAACCUGGUGCCCAUCAAGAAGGCCACGCAGUCGCGCACCUUCCUCUUCCAGUCCUUCCGGGAGAACCGCCUCGCCCUCCCCAUCAAGGUCCGGGACAGCAGCCGGGAAGCCAGUGGCUCCCUGUCCUUCCUGCGCAAGGCCAUGAAGUAUGAGGACUUGCAGCAUGUGCUCUGUCACCUCAACAUCAGCAUUCCACCCUGCACUAAGGGAAGUGGCACUGAGGAGCGAAGGAGGACACUGACACCUUUGUCUCUGAGGGAGCGAUAUAGCAUCCUAAGUGAGAGCAGUUUCGGCUCUCUGAGCAGCACUGACAGGGCAGACCAGAAGAUGAUCGACAUCGCAGAGCAGCUCGGCCUCAGCUGGGCAGAGUUGGCACGUGAGCUGCAGUUUGGGGUGGAUGACAUCAACAGGAUUCGUGUGGAGAACCCUAACUCCUUGCUGGAGCAGAGCAUAGCCUUACUCAACCUCUGGGUCAGCCGCGAGGGCAAGGGUGUCAAGAUUGAGAACCUGUACGCGGCGCUGAGGAACAUUGACCGCAGUGAGAUCGUCAGCACACUGGAGGGCUCCGGCCGGCAGAGCCGCAGCAUGAAGGGCAGCUGGCGCUACACAGACAGGGACUAUUCACUCUCACCCUCCCAGAUGAAUGGUUAUGCUUCGCUGCAGGACGAGCUGCUCUCCCCUGCCUCCCUGCAUUAUAUGCUGCCAUCCCCUCUGCGUGCUGACCAGUACUGGAACGAGGUGGCCAUCAUGGACGCCAUCCCUAUGGCCGCCACCGAGCAGGACGCCCUGAUGGAGAUGUCUGACAUGCAGGUGUGGUCCUCAGGGCUCACCCCUUCACUGGUGACGGCUGAGGACUCCUCUCUGGAGUGCAGCAAGGCUGAGGACUCGGAUGCCACAAGCGAAGGUCGUUUCCCAGGGCAACUUCUGACAGACGCACACGGCCCAGACCACAUGGGCUCUAUGGACUUAGUUGAGGAUGACACAGUGGACUCAGAUGCCAUGAACGGGCUGAUUGAACUGCUAGAGCAGGAGGAAGGGCAGAGGCCAGAAGGGAAGACGCCAGCCAGGGACCACCAGCUGGGGACUGGAGAGCAAAACCCAGAGGGUGAAGUCUCUUUUGUUUCAGUUCAACAGAAGGUACAAGCCAGGAUCGUGGCAUCGCCGACUGUGAGCCACACAGUGGAGAGGAGUGCAGACAGGCUGAGGGACUGGAAUGCAGAAGGCUCCUUUAUCUCCUGCCUACAGGACCUGACAGAGGGCUCCUGGCAGGAGGGGGUCACCCGACGGCUGGGCCCAGCACACACCGUGGCUGCUGGGGCGCAGGGCCAGGAGCAAGAGCAGGUCCUGGCGCCGGACGUGGAGCUGAUGCGGGUCAGCUCCACAGAGGACAGCGACUGGCAGCCCCAGCACCCCGCGGGCGGCUGGCCAGAGGAGCCUGACAGCCACGGCUUUGGGCAGGGCAACGAAGUCCUCCAUUUACCUGGGGAGCAUGUGACUGAGGAGCAGUUCACAGAUGAACAAGGCAAUAUAAUCACCAAGAAGGUCAUCCGGAAGGUGGUGCGUCAUCUGGGCCCCAAUGACACAGAUGACAGGCAGGAGCGUGAGGACCUGAUCCUGGAGGGCUCCCUGCAGGAGCCCCAAGAGCUGGAGGCAGAGGCUGAUCACUUCAUGUACUCCAUCCUACAGAGGGACGGUCUGGGGGCCAAGGAUCUCACCUCAACACCAAACCACUGAUCUCCACACCAACCUGAGAAGAGAGGAGAGGAAGACAGAGAUUGGAGGGAAGCAGGGCUGGCUGUACAUGUUUCAAUAGGCUAAUGGCAUGAUUUCUGUACGAGAUACUUACCGUCCUAUCCGCAUGACUGACUGACUGCAAGACGCAUGAGCUACAGUACUUCCAGCAAACAGAGGGACCCUGUCCCUGCCUUGCUGCCAUCAGGAGCCUAAAGACAGCAGCACGCACAAGGGGCAUCCUUCAGCUCCUCUGGGAGGCCAGAGCUGGACUGGCAGCAAAUGAGAGGGGAGAAGAAUCCACCCUCGCACAUCCGCCUCCGUCACUACAUCCCUGUGCAGUGCUCCAGUGGCAGGAAGGAGGCUGGGGCUGCUCACUGAAGGAGAAGAGGGGCUCUAUCCCUGUCACCAUUCUUGCCUCUGCUGGACUCGCUUCUCAUCCCUCUCAGUGAGUGCUGGGGCAGGGGGAGGGCAGCAAUAGGGGGAUGUGAUAGAGGAGGGCUGUGGGUGCAGUGUUGCCUGAUGCAGGGCUGCCCUUCCUCUCCCCAGCAUGUGCAGCAUCUCCUGCCAGGGCAGGGCUCUGGGCCGAGCACUGAGCUCGUUGCUUAUGUUGAAAGUGUAAACUGUACAGCAAUCAGCCUUGUGUAUAUGAACCAAUAAAUACUAUGCAAACACCUAGGGACACUCUAGCAGUAUGUACAAAGCACUAACAGCUCCACUCCCAAAUACCUCUUCAGGCUGCAGGAUGGGCAAAGCCUUUGGAGUAUGUGAGCAGCUCUGGUGAAUAGAGCUGGGAGCCUACAGGUGUGACAGGGUGGCAGAUUGUCUUGUCCUGCCCUUCCAUCUGAGUCUGGUCCCUUCUUGGCCAGAAGAGAGAGGCCCACGGGGGCAGCCCCAUGGGCUGGUCCAUGGUGCAAGCCCCAGUUUGUGCUGGCUUCAGCUGGGGUGAGGCUGGCAGCCUGCACUGAGGUGCUUGGGGCCCAGGGAGGAUAGGUAGUGAGAGCAGGGAAGGCUUGUGCCACGCACUGGAUUGUGCCUAGCUCUACUCAGCACAAUAUCUGCUCAGGAGAUGGGCCAGGAGCUGGCAGGAGCCAGAAGCCCUGCACUACUUUGCAGGGCCUCCUGGCCUCCCUGUGAGGGCACAAAUGAGCACAGACCCUUGACCCCGUGGAUGUUGGCCCACCCAGGACCAAUCCCAGAAAUGGGGGGAGCUGCUUCCUCGAGUGGCUGCACUUUGGCCAAGUUAAUGCCUUCUGCAGCCACCGAGCUAAGCAGUCACCCUGAAAGCAAGGGCAGUGCUGGGGCAGCUGUUCUGGCAGGAGAAUCGUGGUGCUCAGGGCUGCCCAGGCAGCACUGAGAUGUGCAGAAGGUUGAAUCUGCUACAAAACUUGACCCUGGAAGGACAGGAUGCAGACAGCAGUAGAUCUGUGUCCCCAGCUCUCUCCUUUACCUAAGCAAUGUGGGGGCCUGGCCUUUGUAGCAUGGUGGUGUGGAGACCCCCUUGCCCUUUCCCCAGAGGUGGCUGUGGACUUGUUUAGCAGGGCCUGAUGCUGCUCUCGGUGGCCACAUGCAGAACAAGCCCACCUCCAGCUUCAGGCAGGGCAGCCCUGUCUCACAGUGGGUGCACACAUGCCAGGAAAGUCUCUGGCUCUGCUGCAGUCUGGAUAAAAAGCCCAGAUGCAGCAAAGCAAAUGGCCCAGCUUAGCCAUGGAAAGCAAGGCAACCCCUUCCUCACCCCACCUCGAAGUAGGCACAGACUCCAUCCAUUACCCUUGCUGUGUACAAUAACCUACCUAGACCCACUGCAACAGCUGACCCUGUAGCAUCACCGUAGAGUUGUGUGUGGGUCCUGUGCUUUGGCCUAGUCUACGCCUUAGGGAAUGUGCUGUGCUGCAACUGUGCCCGGCACCUGCAGUGACAUUGCUUUGCGCUCAGAUUGCUCGUAGGGCUGGUAGGGGGAGGCUGCACCCAACAUUGAGCCUAGAGAAUGCUGCAGUCUGCACACUAGAAGCUUUUUAGAAGUUUUAAAAAUUACUUUUAUUUCCUUUUUUUAAUUGUUAUGGAAACAAGCCUUUUGGAUCUCCCUGUCUUAGCCCCUGAUGUAUAGAUCAUAUCCCAGUACACCAGCUAUCGGACUAUGAAUUAAUAAAGAAACUAACACAGA